AUGUCUCGCCCGGUGUGCCGGAACCGUGUGACGGGCGCAGAGGCGGACGAGAAGCUGUGCAACGCCUCCCAGAAGCCGCCGCGCCUCUUCCUCAGCUGCAACGCCCACCGCUGCCCGGCAAAGUGGGUGCCCGACCCCUGGGGACCCUGCUCGGCGACCUGCGGCAGCGGCCACCGGCGGCGCGGCCUGCGCUGCCUGCAGCAGGAGGGCAACGGCAGCCUCACGCUGGUUCCUGAGUCGGAGUGCCGCGGCCCGGCGCCACACCAGGAGGAGAGCUGCAAAGCCGCCGACUGCCCCACCUGGAGGGCCACGCCCUGGUCUCCCUGCUCGGCGACGUGCGGCGCGGGCGUGCAGACGCGCGCCAUAACGUGCGGCGACGUGGCGACGCCGGCCCCCCCGGCGCUCUGCGACGCGGCGACGCGCCCCGUCCAGAAGCAGGCCUGCCACUCCGGCGUCGUCUGCCCCGGGCCCGUCUACCGCACAGGAGAAGAAGAGGAGGCGCUUCCGGGACAGGACCACACGCAGCCCUUGGUGCAACCGUAUCCGCCCACGGACGGCAGCUUCAUGGCAGGAAAAUGGGGCCCUUGCAGUGUAACUUGUGGUAUUGGAAUUCGCACGCGUGAUGUAUACUGCAGAAUAUAUUUGGAAUUCUCAAAAGCUUAUGCCAAGAUGCCUGAUGAAAACUGCCAAGGACCAAAGCCAUCAGAGUUUGAAAAAUGUAAAAUGCAGCCUUGUGAAGAUCAGAGCAUGAAUGAUACACUUCGAGAUGGCACACAGAGGGACCCAGCUUCGACAUCUCACAUCUCCCAUGGAGAUCCAGACAUAAAAGUGAAGGUUGCUCCUGGAUCGUCUGGGCCAUAUUCAUGGAAGUCACAAGGCUUCACUCACUGCAGCGCUUCCUGCUUAGGAGGUGUCCAAGAAUCCUUGAUAUCCUGUGUACAAGACAACAACCAAAAGACAGUGAGUCCGUAUUUGUGUGACAAAGAAACCAGACCAGAAGUACUGAUACGAACAUGUAAUGAUCACCCUUGUCCUCCACGGUGGAACUAUUCUGACUUUCAGCCUUGUUCAAAGCCAUGUGGCAUUGGAAUAAGGACAAGAGAAGUUAUGUGCAUACAUGAAGUCACAAGAGGUGGAGGAAACACUGUGAUAGUGCCUAACAACAUGUGUCCACAACCACCGCCUCCAGACAGGCAAUACUGCAAUGUCUUAGACUGCCCAGUGAAGUGGCACACAAAACCGUGGUCUAAGUGCUCGAAACCUUGUGGUGGGGGUAUAAAAACAAGAGAAGUUGAGUGCCUGCAAGUAAUGGCCCAGAACCAUAUAGUGCCACGUCCUACAUCACAAUGUCCUGCAUCUAAACCAGCUGACAAGAAGCCAUGUAACACUAAAGCUUGUUCUACACAUUCUGAUCGACCAAUUAUUGAUACUGAAAACAAAACUUUUAUCCAAAAGAACUCAAAUGAGAAGAAAAUAAGUUUGAAAAUAGGAGGACAAGCAGUGGUGUUUGCAGGUGUUCAGGUGAAGAUAAGAUGCCCUGUUAGAAGAUUUAACAGAACGAAGAUCCAAUGGGAAAAAAAUAAUACACAGAUAGUAAACUCAAAGAAAUUUAAAAUAACAAAGAAAGGAGCAUUGAGGAUUCAGAACUUAAAUUUCAGAGACAAUGGAAAAUAUAGUUGUAUUGCUGGAUUAUCCAGGGCAGAUCUCUUCCUUUCUGUAAAGCAGCGUCUAGUGACAAGUUCAGAAGAACUGGAAAGGCAUUCACAUAAUCGUUUGCAGCAACAGAUGCCUAUGAACGAUAAGAACAUACAGAUGACAGGAGCAAGACGGGACCUUUUCUCACAAGACUUGAGCCAUGAGACACAACCAGAAGGUCAAAUGAAGCUAGGACGAACAUGGGCAUCCCAAUCAAGUUCAUCUACUCUUCAGCCUUCCCUUUCAUCACCAGAACCUCCAGGAGUUAAGUUGGGCGAGUUCAGUGCACCAACUAGUUCACCUGGCUCACUGGAGGAUCACAGUCCACAACUGUCAUCUGCAAGUUCAGGAAGUUCAAGAGCGGGUGUCCCUGCAAUGCCACAUUUCCAGCAACUGCUAGAAGGUUUGCAGGAAUUUUUACCUUUCCAGGCUUUCAGCAGCCCCAGGGGCCUUCGAACAAUUUCAGAAACUGCUGUAACAUCAUUUGGAACUAAAAGACAAAACGAGGAAGAGGAAGAAUAUGGUGACGAUUAUUUUGAAUAUGACAAUGAGAAUCCUGUGUUUCAACUGGGAGAGCAGGAUAACAUUACUGAAGAGUCAACAGAGGAGCCAGUUAUCUCUCUCAGAGAAAAUUUAAAAUUUGACUGGAUGAUCACAGAGUGGUCCAAAUGUUCACAGACAUGUGGCAAUGGUGGAUUUCAGGUACGAGCUGCUCACUGCAUGCUUCAUGUUAAUGGAAGCACCCAGAGUGUUGAGAAUAGGCUGUGUGAGGAUGCGGGACUGCCAGUUCCUCCAACAAUGCAAAACUGUGGACUGGAAUUCUGUCCACAUUGGACAGCAGGAAACUGGUCACUCUGUGAGGAAUCUAGGUGCUUUACGUGGAACACAGCUAUGCAGCGCAGAGAUGUUACAUGUUUGCUGAGUAAUGGAACAGAAGUUAAUGGCUUGUGCAAUGAAUCAGAAAAACCUCCAGUAAGACAAGAGUGCUAUAAUGAUAAGUGUAAAGGAACAUGGAAAGUGGGAGAGUGGUCUGAAUGUACUGCACCAUGUGAGAUGCAAGGUAUAAAAUAUCGCAUUCUGCAGUGUGUGUGGUAUGGAACUAAGAAACCAGCAGGCAAUGCAUGCCGUGAACAGCCUCGACCACCAGUCAUGAAAGUUUGCAUGGGACCUCCUUGUGCUCAAGUGUUAGAAUGCAAGGAUCAGUCAAAAUACUGUCAGAUAGUGAGAACCAUGAAAGUGUGUGGUAUGUACCAAUACCAGUAUCAGUGUUGUCAGUCCUGCCGCAGUAAAGGUUAAUCUGGCAGAUUCAGUCAACUGUUUCUGCAAGAAGAGGGAAAACAUCUGUGUAUCACUAAAGUUAAAUAAAAGCAAGAUACAGACUGCGUACUAUACAGUGAUGAUAUUCCUCUUUGAAAGAUGUAAAUAUUCUUGGGCAUUGGUUGUAGUGAUGUGGUCUCAGAAUUCUGUGUGUGAUUCUUUUUAACAGUGUGCUAAUGUUCUGCUUUUACCUUCAUAUGAAACACCAUACUUUUGUGCUAUGUUUAUACCAACAUGUUUACACAUGGCUACAUUUCCUCUGUAUAAAUGAUCAAAACUUGUAAUAUUUCCAUGUGAACUUUAGUAUUGGACAUUGGAAUAUGUGCUAUGGCGUGUGAAAAUUUACCACAGUCCAAGUGAAAACAUUUCACAAACACUAAUGACUUCACCUGAGAGUGUCUUACAUUGGCAAAAUCAGUGAUAUCAGCAAAAUAAAGGAAAAGCUGGCUCUUAAACGGUUGCCAAUAUAUUUGUUUUAAUAUGCCCAUCUUAAAUUUUCAUAUAGCUACACAAGUUGAAAUUCUUGUUCCACAUUCCAAAGAAUUUAUAUUUAUAAGUGUAAAUAAAAUAUCAAGAAAAUAAUAAACAUUGAGACUGUCAGAUUAAUGAAGAUAAAACUAAAUGUGUGAAGUGCAGUGGACUCUAUAUUUCCUAUUUGCAUAAUAAAUCUGAAGUAUCUCUUCAGAAAAUUGCUAUUGUGCUGUCUAACUGAUUUUAUGCUUUGCAUGAGGAAAAAGCUAAUCCCAGAGUAAAUAUGGGGCCAUCAUUCAUUUUUGUACACCAAAGGGAAGAUUAAAAAUGCAGAGUUUGUUAUCAUAGAAACUUCUGAUUUAGGACAUAUUCCAGAAUAGUCAUAAGUAUCUGAGUUACUGUAAAUAUUGAUAUUGGAAUAAUUCCUUUGAUACUGUUGUAAUCUUAAUAAAGU